AUGUCAUUCUUAGUGGUCGUAGGAGUUAUAGGGUUUGUUGCAUUCGGAAUAUUGCAGGUGGUUUCGACGGUGUUGCCACGGUUGUUGUUGGUUCCAUCGCAAAACUGGCAAGACAAAAUCAAGAAGGAGAUUGAGCAGUCAAUGACGAGAUAUUUGAAAGUUGGGAAUAAAAGAUCAAGCUUCAGACGGCGACUUGUGCUUGCAAGCAAGCAGCCGUCGUUUUACAACAAUUUUGUGAAUAAUAAGAUCAAGUUUGCGCCAGUGGAUCUGCGAAACGAUGAUGGUGGGUUUCUCGAGGAAAUGACCAAGCGUGAAGUGCGGGACCCACGGAGGAAGAUUAUCUAUGGAUUUUUCCAUCCAUACGCCAAUAAUGGCGGCGGUGGCGAAAGAGUAUUGUGGCAAGCAGUGCAGGCGACAUUGGCUGCCAGCGACCGCAAUAUAGUGGCCAUAUACACCACUAAUUACGAGAGUGAACCUUCACUGAUCUUGGAUAAGGUGGAGACCAAGUUUCAGAUUGCCGAUUUGGAUGAAGAUCGUAUUGUGUUUAUCUAUUUGCGCAAGUAUGCCCGUAUGAUCGAUGGUGAUUACUGGAAACUGUUCACUUUGAUCGGGCAGUUAUUUGGAUCAAUUGUAUUAUCUUGGGAGGCUAUGUUCGAAUUGUCCCCUGAUAUUUGGAUUGAUACCAUUGGUCUACCUGGAAGCUACUUGUUGGUGAGCUUAGUGUUGAAAAUUCCAAUCAUGAGCUACGUACAUUAUCCUAUCAUUCAGCCAGAAAUGUUCAAUAAGUUAAAAUUCCAAGGCUUAUCCCAAAUUAAGGUCCCUAAAGUAAGCGAAAUUAAGUCAGAUGUAUUCGCUAUUGGGAAAUUGAUAUAUUGGUCUGGCGUGUUUUACUUUUAUAAAUAUUUGGGAUCUUUGGUGAACAUCACAUUAGCAAAUGGGUCUUGGACAUUCAACCACAUUUCAAAUAUAUGGACAUUAAAUAAGGACCAACCAGGCUACGAAAUGGAUAUUUUAUAUCCUCCAUGUGGCACUGAAAUGUUAACAAAAAAUGUAGAAACAUUGGGGCAAAGAGAAAAUAAGUUGUUAUUUAUCGCCCAGUUUAGGCCUGAAAAACGUCAUUCCUUGAUAUUGAACCAAUAUUUUAAGUUUCUUGCCAAUGCAACCAGGUUGGGUGCUCCUUUAAAGAGCAUCCCUACAUUGGUUUUCCUUGGUUCUUGUCGGACACCAGAUGACACCAAAACUCUUCAAGACUUGAAACAAGAGGUUGAAGAUUUAAAAUUACAUGAUUAUGUUGAGUUUGUCGUUGACUGUUCUUAUGAAGACAUAAUGGUAUGGUUAUCAAAGGUAAAAUUUGGACUUAACGCUAUGUGGAAUGAACAUUUUGGUAUUGGAGUAGUUGAAUAUAUGAGCCGAGGUGUUAUUCCAUUGUGUCAUGCAUCGGCUGGACCAUUAUUAGAUAUUGUUACUAAUUGGAAUAAUGAACCAACAGAUGUAUCAUGGUACAAUAAUACGGGAUUUUUCUUCAAAGACAAGUCUGAUCCCGAUUUUGAUUUGCACUUGCAAUCAGGCGCUGACCUGGAGUUCUUACAAUUUUCCGACCGUAACAAUAAAGGCUCUGUCAGCACAUAUCCAACACUUGCCAAAUUACUUGAUGAGUUAUUUAUGACAAACCCGGACUUGGUUUCUGAAGACAGGUUACAAUUAAUGAGAGAAAACGGUGUAAGGUCGGUUUUGAAGAAAUUUUCCAAUGCUGUCUUCUCAUCAAGAUGGGUGGAAUAUUCCAAUCUGUUAAGUAAUUUGGAGAGAGUGUAUCGAGAGGAAAGAAGAACCGGUAUUGAAAAGGUGUAUUAG